UGGCGGCAAACGGUGAAGAUUUGCAGAAUUUAAACAGUUUACUGGCUGCCACUGAAACUUUAGACAAUCAGUUGUUUGAUUAUAGUGAAACCAGUACUGAUAAGUAUGCUUCUGCUUCCUCGAAAUAUUCAAGAAAUUCGCCCAUGGUUGACUUUGAGUCGGAUUUACCGGCUGUGAAUGACGUGCCUACAUUGGAAAGCAUCUUAAACGAAAAAGAUGAUUUUGGUGAAAUGGAGGUUGCUGCCGACGUGAAAUUGGAAGAUAUUCUAAAUGAACGAAAGCCUUCAAAGGACAACACACCAAGUCCUGUGAAGGAAAACGUCCACGGUUCCCUAUUAAGACAUGUUGUCUUGCACAAAGUUUCUGCGCAAGUUUUAUCAGCAUCAAGUCGUAUGGAUGCUGGAUUGCCUACAGCCAUGGCUGUUUCUACUGUGGUUGCUGUGGGAACCUCUCAUGGGAUCGUCUUGAUAUUUGAUGCCAAACAAGCUUUGCAACUUGUGCUUGGAACAAAAGCUCAAGGCGCCGAAUAUGGUGCAGUUACUGCUUUGGGUAUCAACACAAAUUCCACAAGAUUAUUGUGUGGCCAUGCUAAAGGACAGAUAACAAUGUGGGAUCUCUUGACGGGCAAAUGCGUUCGAUCUAUCUUAGAUGCCCACCCCCCGGGUUCCGCUGUGCUUCAUGUUCAGUUUACAGAUGAUCUCACGGAAGCAGUGUGCAGUGACAGCGGAGGCUCCGUGUUUCUCCUGACAUUCAAAAAGAUGAUUGGCAUGCGCACUUACGAUUCCCAGGUGGUGUUUUCGGGCAGCCGGGGUGAAGUAUGUGUGCUUUCACCUCUCCAUUUUCCGGAAUCAUUGAAAAACUAUUCGCUUGCCGAAAGAUCCGUGCUGGCUCUUGCAACUCUCACCAAGAUCGUUGUUCUUGCUCUGAAGCCACACUUUUCAGUCAUCUUUACAUUUGGUUUGAAGGGAUCCCCAGACAGUCUUCCGUUACUUGCUUGGAAUUUCGUUCUCAUUCAACACGAAAAUUCAAACACCUCCUUACACCCGGUCCUCGCUUUUGCAAGAGACUCCAAGAUUUAUUUCUUUGGCUUUCACAAGCGACAUGAAGAGGAAAACGUUGGGUUCAGCAAAUUUGAUGAAGUGACAACUCAGUUUAAGAUCAUAGCACUUCAUUGGCUCGAUGCGCAGUUGAUUUGUCUCGUUGACGCCAUGGAGGGGAUUCAUUUGAUGAAUGUCAGAAACGGUGAAAUUCUCGAGAAGUUGGAUCUUGACAGCGUGGAACUUGUCUACGGCAGCAGUUUCUUCAAAUCUUUGUCGAACGGUGGCAACGUUAGCGAAGCUCUGGCUCUUGCGAGCGAGCAUUCCUGUUAUCAGUCGGUUAUCGCCUAUAAUUCACAGCUGUUGAUGUUAGGACGGAAGUCCAUCCACGUGUUCACCGUGAGGACUUGGAACGAUAGGAUAGCGGUUUUCUUACGUGAAGAUGAUUUUGUCGGAGCCCUGAAAUUGGCGUUUUCAUUCUACAAUCGCUCUGCUAAGGGUGUGCUAGGUCUAUACGGAAACAAGGAGGAAAAAGCAAAUAUCCUUGCUCAUACGAUCGAAAACCUUGUUCAAAGUUAUGUCGAGAAGAUUGUAAAGGAAUUCCACGAAACGUCAGGUGACGAAAAUCCACGAGGGUACUACGAGAAGGCAAUGGCAGUUUGCAUAGAAUAUUGUGUGGUUAUCGAUGCAAUUGACAUAUUAUUCUCCGUUAUCUACGAGAAAAUAUCACCUGCAGUGCUUAUUAAAGAGGCUUUUCUCGAAUGUUUACAAUCCUAUAUUGAAGAAGAAAGGCUCGUUUCACUUACACCUAUUGUCAUGAAAGAUUUUAUUGAUCACUAUCAAAAGAUGGAGAGACUUAAAGACGUUGAAAGAUGUCUCGUUCACUUGGACUUAGUCGAUGUUGAUAUUGAUCAGACGGUAAAAUUAUGUUGGAAGUAUAAAUUGUACGAUGCAGUUAUAUAUGUUUACAAUCGUGGCAUGGCUGAUUUUUCCACUCCCCUUGAGGAACUGUUACGGAUCCUUAGGGAAACUGCGGAGUCUAAACUUCCAUUGAAAGAAGAAACACAAGAUCUUGGCAACAAGCUACUUGUCUAUAUAAGCAGUUGUUUUGCUGGAAGAGCUUAUUCCGUCGGUAACAUACCUCAAGAACUGGUCAAACCAGUUAGGGAACAGGUUGCAGGAACGCUUUUAAAAACGUUACAAAGUCGAGGCUCUGUCGGCGUGAGAUAUCCGAAUAUUUUAACAUUAUUGCAGUUUGAUACGCCUGAAUUUUUGAAUGUCCUAUCAUUGGCGUUUGAGGAGCCUGGUUUUGACGAAGAUUGUGCUGCAACUGCAACUGUGCUUGGACGACAAAGAUUUAUAAAUGUUCUCCUUGAAGUUAUCGUUCAGGGAACAGGCUUUUCUCCGACUCAAGUUGGUUCCUUCUUUACGUUUCUCGCUCGUCAAAUGGCCAAAACUUCUGGCAUCUAUUUGGACAAAGUGAUUUUUGAGCAGGUACUGGAAUAUCUGUCUAAUCCUGAAGAGACCGUUCGUCAUGACGAAAGAGAACAAGCUUUGUUGGAGCUCAUGGACUCGGGAGCUUUGAAACAGUUCGACGAUGAACGAAUUCUGGUUUUAGCUGAAAAUGGAAAAUUGCAGCACCAAGCUUUCGAGUUUGUUAAAUCGAAGAUGAGCGAUGAUGCAUACACUGACCUCGAUAGAGAUGAACUAAAACAGACUGUUCUUGAAAAAUUAUCGGAUUUUGUCUCCGUCGAUACACGGGAGACAUCUCAUAUGUUCAUGAUCCAUUUUCCUGAUUCUUUGAAGUGGGCUAUUGCAAAAUUGGAGGAUCAGCGACAAAUUCUUUACAAUUUUCUGAAAAGUAUAUUCGAUAUGAGUAAUUCAUCGAAAUUUGAAAUACCGUCGGAUGCAUCAAUAAACGAACAGUUUAUCCAGUUGAUGUGCGAAUUUGAAGCCUCUGCCGUGUAUCGUUACUUGCUUUCCGGAAGCAACUAUCGACUGCAGGAAACAUUGGAGAUUGUUAAAAGAUACGAGGUGACCGAUGCAACUGCGUAUUUGUUAGAGAGAUCCGGCGACAUCCAAGCGGCGUUUUCUCUACUACUUCAGGCGUUGGAGAAACGUGUAGUAGCUUUGGAUCGAGGUUUCACGAAUAGAGUCAGCGCAAGAGAACUGAGUAAUUUGCUGACAACAUGUAAGACGACGCUGGUGGUUGUUAUACAGUUGUGUCAGCGUAAUUCUCGAAAAAUGAACGAGACUGAGCGGGAGAAUUUGUGGUUUCCUUUGCUGGAAGCAGUCAUGUCUCCACAGCGAAGGCUCACUGAUAUGACGAGCAAUCAUUUUUGUGCAUUCAAAGAUCUUACUCGCCAUGUUCUCAACAGUAUGACAGGCCAUAUUUCGUUACCAAUGAUAUUACAGAAGAUUUUGCAGGAUCCAACUUAUAACUCGGGAAAGUUUGGCGAAAUUCGCGAACUGAUCAUGGGAAUGUUGGACACUUACAGUUAUGAAGAGACGCUGCUGACCACAACAAACCACCUGCUCGCCUCAGAUCUCCAUCGCUCGCUAAGUUACAUGAAAAGUUUGAUGAAUCGCGGUGUGAAGCUAAAACAGACAAUUUGUCCGCUUUGUCAGCGACGCAUUUUGAAGGAGGAGACGGUAGCCAACGAUCGUGGUGAUCUAGUGAUAUUUAGAAAUGGUAAUUGCUAUCAUAUGGGUUGCUUGCGUAGCCAUUAUGGCGAUGAGGACAACUGGUUUUCCACACAAUUUUCAAAGAGCAACGUCGGCAAGCGUAAUAACGUCGCUAUACGUCGUGAAGCAUCGGCAUCAAAACAGGUCGAGCCUUUGAAGAAAACAUUUAACUUGAGUGAGGAACAAACGGAAGCACUACAAAGACUAAGAAAACAUCAAAAAGGAACAUCGCGGUUAAAGAUGUUGAAUGAACUGUUGAAAGACGACGAUGUCGGAGGUUUUUCAGCUCGAACACGAAGGUCAAGGUUAGCAACCAAGAACUUGUUACAGGAUGACGAAUUUCAGUUACAUCUUGCCCCUCGUUCCCAGUACACAGACAGGUGAGACGUAUUUACUUCCGGUUUCUCAUGUGGGUCUCUCUUGAGGUCUUCAAUGAAAUACUUCAUGUAUAAAAUAACUAAAGCAUCACUUCGUGACGUCCACUUGUGACGUUUUCAAAUUGAUUGCGCACAAGUUUCCAUACAGAUGCACUGUCACAAGCACUGUUUCUUAAUAAUUUCACAAUCCUACAUCAAUCGCCGAAUUUAUGGAAUUAAUAAUUUAAUAUGUAAAUCAUUAUUUAUUAAAUUAGUGGUACAAUGUAAGCGCACUAUCACAUUGCUUUUUUGCCAUGAA